UAUAUUUAGUUUAGUCAGUGCCCACAACGAAAAACCAGAGAGACUGCUGUGCCGUUGUUUCUAGGGUUAGGGUUUCGAUAUACCAGAGAAGAAGAAGAAGAAUCUAGACGGAUAUGGGAGUUUUUACGUUCGUGUUGAGAAGCUCCGGCGGCGAGUGGACCGCGAAGCAGCACAAGGGCGAUCUCGAGGCCUCGGCGGCGUCCACCUACGACCUCCAGAGGAAGCUCGUCCAAUCCGCUCUCUCCCAAGACUCCUCCGGCGGCGUCCAGACCGCUUUCUCUCUCAUCACCCCUUCCUCCGCCGUUUUCCAGGUUAUUGUUGGUGGCGGCGGCGGCGGGGGGUUCAUUGCUGGUGGAGGUGCUGCCGCGGCUCCUGCUGGAGGCGCGGGAGCAGCCGCUGCUGAAGCUCCUCCAGCCGAGGAGAAGAAGGAAGAGAAGGAAGAGAGUGACGACGAUAUGGGAUUCUCACUCUUCGAUUAGACUCCUCACUUGUUUAUCAUAUGUUUCGCACUGUGAGCAUUUUGCAACUUGAAUUGGACUAGAAUUUAGAUAUGGAUAUGUGAGUUUUAGAAAUUUUGUUUUGUUAAGUUCAAAUAUUGUUGGACAAUUUACUUCCUUUGUUUUAGUGUUCUAAGUGAUUGUUGAAAUAUUCUACUCAUCUAUCUUUUUGGCCAUGACAUCAUGCUAAACUAGCAAAUCUUAUAUACUACUAUGUUUGAUACUGUGGUUGCUGAACCUGAAAACACGUCCCAUUCUUUUCA